UGUUUCCGGCCAGGGCUGCGCAGCUGCCGCCGAAUUUAAAGAGACAGGAGGCCAUAGUUUUAAUAUUUUUAAACCUUUGUCUGGAACCUGGUUUGCCGUUGCUUUCAGCGGGAGUGAUAUAGGUUAGCUGAACGUAAGAUAGCUAAUUGAAGAAUGGAUUUUUAAAGUGAAGCCGCCCUCCUGUUACCAGGCUGGCUAAUCGCAGCCGUUAGCCUGGCGCUACGCUGUUUGAUCGCUGUUUCUCGGAGAGCCGAUCGGUAACAAUGGCGAAAACUCAGACGCACAGCAGCAUGAAGCAGAUCAACCAGCCCCAGGAGAAGGCCUACGGAGCGCCCAAACACAUCGCACAGCAACACUUCCAGAAACUCAAGGUAGAAGAUGCCUUAUCAUACCUAGAUCAGGUGAAAAUAAGGUUUGGGAAUGACCCUGGAAUAUACAACAAAUUCCUGGACAUCAUGAAAGAAUUCAAGUCACAAAGCAUCGACACGCCUGGAGUUAUAAACCGAGUGUCCCAGCUGUUCCGCGGUCAUCCUGACCUCGUCCUGGGCUUCAAUGCCUUCCUUCCCCCGGGGUACCGGAUAGAGAUCCCCAAGAAUGGGGUGGUGUCCCUGCAGUCGCCCCUGUCUGGCCAGGUGUCUCCGGGUCAGUCGCGGAGUGUGCCGACCGGUGCUGUGGGUGUGGUUGGGGGCGUGUCAGCAUCUCCACCAGCAGGUGCUGGCUGCACUCAUGGUGAUGCUGCAGCCUCGCUGGACUCGACGCCCUCGUCCUCGGGCCCUGAGCCAGCUGCCAGGCUCUCCCUUGCCCUGCCCAGCCAGGAAGGGCAGUCGGGCCCACCCCCAUCUUCCUCAUCCCCGCUAGGCUCUGAGCCCAGCCCUGUGGAGUUCGACAGCGCAAUCAGCUACGUUAACAAGAUCAAAAACCGCUUCUUGGAUCACCCAGAAAUAUACAGAUCCUUCCUGGAGAUUCUGCACACUUACCAGAAAGAGCAGCUGGAGAUGAAGGAGUCGCGCGGCCGAGGGGGAGCUGGUAUGACAGAAGAUGAGGUCUUUUCCAAGGUGGCCAGUCUGUUUAAGGGCCAGGAGGACCUACUGGCUGAAUUUGGACAGUUCCUGCCAGAUGCCAAGAGAUCGCUGUUCACAGGGAGCUCACUAACAGGGAAAGACCACCUGAAAAAGAUGGAGGAGGAGGACCUGGCCAAGCAGGGCAAGAAGAGAUCCCGGCCCAUGCUGAUGGCCCACAUGACGCCAUUGCUGAAGAAAAAGAUGAAGCUAUCAUGUUCCAAGGACCAGUCCUUUGCUGCGGUGGGGAAGCAUGGAGUUUUGCGGGAGUUCACGUUUUUUGACAAGGUUCGUCGAUUGUUCAAGAGCCAGGAGGUUUAUGAGAACUUCCUGCGGUGCAUCGCCCUCUUCAACCAGGAGGUGGUGUCAGGAGCAGAGCUGCUGCAACUGGUGACACCCUUUCUGGGGAAGUUUCCAGAGCUAUAUACCCAGUUCAAGUCAUUUCUUGGUGACAAAGAGCUCUCUCAUUCUCUGUCUGGGCUGUCGGACCGUUACAUGGAGGGCGGGGGGCGGGAGAUUGACUACGCCUCCUGCAAGCGUUUGGGCUCCAGUUACAGGGCCCUUCCUAAGACGUACCAGCAGCCCAAGUGCAGCGGGCGCACAGCCAUCUGCAAGGAGGUGUUGAAUGACACUUGGGUGUCGUUUCCCUCAUGGUCAGAGGACUCGACCUUCGUUAGCUCCAAGAAGACACCGUACGAGGAACAGCUGCAUCGCUGUGAGGAUGAACGGUUUGAGCUGGAUGUGGUUCUGGAGACGAAUCUGGCCACGAUCAGAGUGCUGGAGAGCGUGCAGAAAAAGCUGUCCCGCAUGUCCCCUGAAGACCAGGACCGCUUCCGCCUGGACGACUGCCUGGGGGGCACCUCCGAGGUGAUCCAGAGGCGUGCCGUGUACCGCAUCUACGGGGAUAAGGCCCCCGAGGUCAUCGAGGGCCUGAAGAGGAACCCAGCCACCGCCGUGCCCGUCGUGCUGAAAAGACUGAAGGCAAAAGAGGAGGAGUGGCGGGAAGCCCAGCAAGGCUUCAACAAGAUCUGGCGCGAGCAGUAUGAGAAAGCCUACCUCAAAUCCCUGGACCACCAGGGUGUCAACUUCAAGCAGAAUGACAUCAAAGCCUUGCGAUCCAAGAGUUUGCUCAAUGAGAUCGAGAGUGUGUAUGAUGAGAGGCAGGAGCAGAGCACGGAGGAGGGCGGUGGCAGUCAGCAGCAGAGCCGUGAUGGCGGCGGUGGCUCCAUCAGCGAGCCCCACAUGAUCUUCACCUACGAGGACAAGCAGAUCUUGGAGGACGCCGCCUCCCUCAUCAUCUACCACGUCAAGCGGCAGCCCACCAUCCACAAGGACGACAAGGACCACAUCAAGCGCAUCAUGCAGCACUUCGUGCCAGACCUGUUCUUCUCCCGCCGCGGGGAGCUGAGCGAGAGCGAGGAGUGGACGGACGAGGAGGCUGACACCGAGGAGGGGGGAGGGGGAGGUGCGGGAGGAGGGGGAGGGUUGGGCGUGAUGGGGGCGGGGGGCGGGGCGGCAGGAGGCCCGCAGCUCAACGGAGAGUCCAGGAGGAGGCGCUGCAUCUCGCCGCUCAGCACAGAGCCCAGCCCUGCGGGCAGCGUGGCUCUGGGGGGCGAGAGGCUGGACCUACGCGACCCCGAGGCCGAGCACCAGAAGGAGCUGGACGACGUCUACAACCUCUUCUUCGUCAAUAACAACUGGUACUUCUUCCUGCGGCUGCACCAGACGCUGUGCUCACGGCUGCUGCGGGUGUACCGGCAGGCGGAACGCCAGCUGCUGGACCGGCGGGCGGAGCAGGACCGGGAGAGGCUGCUGCAGGCCGACGGCCGCAGGGACAAGGCGGGGGACCUGGCCAUGGAGCUGCGCCUCAAACAGCCCAGUGAGGUGGAGCUGGAGGAGUACUACCCAGCCUUCCUGGACAUGGUGCGCAGCCUGCUGGACGGAAACCUGGACUCCACACAGUACGAGGACACGUUGCGUGAGAUGUUCACCAUCCACGCCUACAUCGGCUUCACCAUCGACAAGCUCAUACAGAACAUCAUCAGACAGCUGCAGCACCUGGUCAGCGAUGAGGUGUGUCUGCAGGUGGCAGAGCUGUACCUGGCGGAGCGGAAGCGUGGAGCCGCUGGGGGGAACCUCUCCUCGCAGUGCGUCCGAGCCGCCUGGGAGACCAGCUACCAGUGGAAGGCUGAGCGCGUCAUGGCUGACGAGAACUGCUUCAAGGUAAUGUUCAUCCAGAGAAAAGGCCAUGUGACCUUGACGAUUGAGCUACUGGACACAGAGGAAGCACAGGCUGACGAACCACUGGACGUCCAGUACCUGUCCAGUUACGUUGAGCAGUUUGUUGGGACGGAGUCGACGAUGUGCACUCAGUCAGAGGGCUACUGCUUCAAACCCGUCUUUCUGCCCAGGAACCUGCGGCGUUUCCGGCGCUGGCAGCUGCGGCAGGUGGAGGCCAUGCGGUGCCGGCGGGAGUGGCGCAGGCAGCUGGGCGUGGAGACGGCCGGCAGCCUGGACUGCCGCUUCAAACUGCACUCCCACAAAAUGGUGUUUGUCAUGAACUCUGAGGACUACAUGUACCGGCGCGGUGCGCUCGUCAAAGCCAGGAAGGCUCAGGCCGGAGUGGCGCGGAUGCAGCACGGCAGGUUUGAGAAGUGGCACCAGGGCUGGCUGGCAGAGCACGCCCCGCCCGCUGCCCAGCGCACCGUGCACCACUGGCUGAUGGGCGAGGAGGACGAGGAGAUGAUCCCCUGCAAGACCACCUGCCUCACCAGGCAGGUAAACGGUUUACCUGUGAACAGGUACCAGGUGCGCUACAGCAGCAAGCCCCCUGCCUCGCCUUAAACCCUCUCCGACGUGCAAACAUGCGCACACACACACACACACACACACACACACACAGUGGACUAGGAGAAACUGGCAACGCAAGGCAGAGGCUGAAGGCAGGUACAGUACCUGGAAGCAGAAAGACAUAAAGUCCUGACCAGCCACAUCACUGCUUCUCUCAUCUCUCUCAGAAUCAACCCUGCCAAACAGCGGCACAGAAACUCAUUGUUUUGAGGAAUGUGAAGAAUCUUUUUAAAUGUAGUUUUAAGCGUCCAGAGCCUGAGUGUGUUUAUAUUUGUAUAUGUUUCUACUGGAAGAGAUGGUAAAGAUGAAAGGGUGCAGCUGGUGUUUGUACAGUAUACUAAUUCAAGCAUACUUAUAUAAAUAUAUAUAUAUACAUACACAGUAUCGUAUACAUGCAUAAGGAAAAUAGCCUGAUACUUACUGUGGCAUUUUGCUGGCAGCCAGUUCCUUAAUUCACCCAUUUUUUGGAGUUUUGUUUUCCUUGUCCCUAAAUGACUCAUUCAUCAUGUGACUGCCUUUCCUUCAUUUUUACAUCCGCUGUGCUCAGCAUCGAGUCUGUGUAUCAGUGAUUCACCACGUCCUGCUUGAAGGAGGCUGUCAUUUUUACACAUUAAACAUGAAAAUGAACAAAAAAUAUCUGUGGUGGAGAAGAAUGUAAACCAU